UCAAAUCAUAACAUCCAUCCCUCGGCCUGUCAUGUUAACUGGUGCUAUGCACGAGUCACACUUGAAGAGAUGAAGCGCGCUCAUCUGCCCAUCGAGACCUUGCCUGCGUGGGUCAAGCUCAAUGGCAUCGGAGUGCAGAGCGUUGUAUUCUCCACCUUCCCUGCUACUGCUAGUUCUAAUGGUGAGAAUGUGGACAAUACCAACAAAGGCUCGGCGAUAGUCGCAACCGAAGACCGAGUGGGCGGGGAGUCCGCGCUCGGGGCGGUCGAUACGGGGGUCUUGCUUACGGUCCCGGCGGAUUUAAUCCUGUCAUACGAGACGGUGCAUGGCUAUGCGAAGUCGGAUGGGCGGUUGAGGGAGGUGCUGGAGGCGGUGGGGGAUUUCGGUCGGACCCCCCGCGGCGCGAUCUUGAUCUUCCUGCUCAUGCAGAUCACGCACUCGAGCCCGGACUUGACCGGCGAGGGCAGCCACUCAGUCGGGGUGUCGAGCCCCUGGACCGAGUACAUAAAGUACAUGCCGGCGGAGGUCCCGCUGCCGACGUUUUACUCGGAUGCCGAGAUGGAGUUGCUGCGCGGUACUUCGCUACGGUUGGCGGUGCAUGCGAAGCUGGCGGCGCUGGAGAAGGAAUUUGCGCGGUUGCGGGAGGCGACGCGGGGGAUUGGGUGGUGUCGGAAGUUGUGGUGGGGCACUGGCGAGGGCGAGGGUGAGGGUGAUGUUGAUGAUGAUGCUCAACAAGAAGGGCAAGAAGACACGGCGGGCCGGGUGACGCUCGAGGACUGGAAGUACGUCGACGCGCUGUACCGCUCCCGCAUGGUGGAUCUGCCGACGAGCGGACAUGCGAUGGUCCCGUGCAUUGAUAUGGCGAAUCAUAGCUCCGAGGAGACGGUUAAGGCGCUGUAUGACGAGGAUGCGGAGGGAAACGUUAUGCUGCAGUUGCGGUAUGGGAACGCCGUGCAGGCGGGCGAGGAGGUCACUAUCUCGUACGGCGAUGAGAAAUCCGCCUCGGAGAUGAUCUUCUCCUAUGGGUUCCUGGAUCGAGAUACCACCGACGCCAGGCAGAUAUUCCUCGACCUGGAUAUUCCGGAUGACGAUCCACUCAAGGUGGUCAAGAAGGCUUUCUGUAAGGUACCGCCGGGUAUUCGGGUGUAUACGUCCCCAGCAGCGGACCAGGUUGCUUGGGAAAGCUCGAUCAUUUGGUGGGCCUGUGUCAACGAGGAAGACGGGUUGGAUUUCACGGUGUUGCAGACGACCGAUGGCGGGCGCGAGCUGAAGGCUCUGUGGAAGGGGGUUGAUGUGCGAGACUCGGACCAUCUCAAGGAGCUGCUCAUGGCGGAUCCGCACUGGGAUAUCAUCCAGCUUCGUGCCGUGGUGCUUAUUCUGGAGAGGCUGGAGACGCAGGCUUGGGUGCUUCGGGAGACGGGGCUGAUGGUCUCGGAGAUUGAUGAGAAUGAGGACAUGCGGGCAAUGUUCCGCCCGGAUGUAUAUGGUAUGAUCAAGCGGUUGAGGAUGUUGGAAAUGAAGUUGCUGGGGCGAGCGAUUGAGGGCUUGGAGAAGCAGAGGGACGAGCUCAUGGCGAGUCCGUCGGUCAGUCAGUAUCUCGGUCAGCAGCAGUCUGCUGAGGUUGAAGAAGACUUUUCAUGAUGCAAUUGUCAUUGCCUAUUGGACUACCUGGAUCAAGAUAUACUAAAGCGUAAGCUGAGUAGAAGACUAGCAGAAGC